GUGCGCGUCCGUCAGUCUUGCCAAGAUAUUCCGGGAGUCAACAGGUGCGUAGGAGCGGAACCUCCGAAGAGAUACGUCGUUUCGUUUCGCGUUUUCUCCUUCUUCUUUUCUCUUCGUUCAAGAGUCAAGUCGGAGAGAUUCGUUUCGCGACAACAAUUCGGGUGAUUAUUAUUCGCGAAUUAUGCGAUCCUGUGAGGAGUAGAGAGUCCUUCCCGGACGUUCUUCGUAAUUGUUCUCGCUGUUCCACGUAUAUUUGUUUGUUUGUUUGUUUUUUUUUUUUUUCUGGAGAUUGCCGAAGGAAGAUUCUCUCGAGAAACACGAUGGGAAAAUGCCAGAUUACUUCUCUUCUGAUUCUCGCGACACUGGCGCUCAGCGCUCGCGGUGGCGAAUUACCCAAACCGGGUUACGCUAGAACGAUGUUGAAGGUUUCCCGAAGUCUUCCGGGGGAGACGGAGGAGCUGAAGGUGCGAACGAGCGAGGGAAACCUGGCCACUUUGAUCGUCAAGCGUCGAGACAAGUCGUCGUUCGUUUUCAACAACAACAACAACAACAACUCGAACAAUUCCGCGCCGAAACUUCCGCAGGAAGUGUCGAAUGUCACCGCCGAGAACGGGACUAAUUCUUCUUUGGCGAACGUCCAAAGCGUGACGAAGCUCAGCAACGACGGGGACGAGGCCAGAAAGAAGAAGGAAGAAGUCCGAAGGCUCGAGAAAGCCCAAGUGGAACAAAUCAAAGCGACGUUCUCGAAAAUUUCCGAACCGAAAAACGACGAAAAACCGAACGACGCUGUUCGGACCGAUCAGACGGCGUUGCCUUCCGAGAGGAGUCAGACUGUCAACAACAGCGCGAUCGAUUACGGGAACUGGACGCCGCUGGACGCGAACGGAAGAGUUUUGAAACAGGACGAGCCAACGGAUGAGGACGAGGUGGAGGAAUAUCGCAACUGGAAGCCGUUGCCGCCCCAAGAUUCGAAAAUCAUCGAGAAUGAGAGAACGAAUUACGGCAGGUUCAACAAGCCCGAGAUCGGCGGCGGUAUUGUGCUCGCCAGAAACUUUCAGGACCGGGCUCAGCGAAAUCUCGAACUCGAGAACGAAAGCGGAAGCAAGAACGAGCGUGGUUUUUAUUACACGUACAUACCGCAUCAGUCUCGACCAUCAACGAGAACGAACAUCGGUGCCAACUUGUCCAAGAACAGAGACGGCAAACACGUGCCGCCGGAGGUGACAAUCCGGUCGGAGAUCAGCGUUAAAGCCGUGCCGAAGAGAUCGUCCAUGUCGCUGGACGUCGACGGGACGCCGGUGAUUCACGGCACGAGGGUGCCCGACGAUCCAAUUGACAAAAUACAGACCUGGAGAAACGCCCGAGUUAUUAAUAACAAAUUGGUGACCGCGACCGAAGGGGAAAGUCCCGGCGAAUCCUCCGUCGUCGGGUCUUUUUCCGCCGACGGCGCAGAAAAGAGACAGAAGUUCGAGAAAUUCUUCAAGGACGUCAAUCGAAGAUACAGCCGUAAUUACGACGAUAACGGGCGCAACGUGUACUUCGAGUGGGAUCCGAGGAAUUACAAGAACGAGGCGCUGAAGGCCGAGGUGUACGAGCCGCGCAACGAGCACUAUCGCGCGAGCGUUCACAAGAGGAUGCUUCACCCGGACGGGAUCGCCAACUAUCCGAUUUCGCAGCGUUACACACCCGAGAGCCAAACGAUCGCGCCGGUGGCUCUGAAACCCGGCGCGCGCGCCCCGGUUCUUCAGUACGCGCAUCCGGAAUUGGGCGUGCAACCGGCCAAGAUUCUGAAGAACGAGAAACGACGGCCCGACAACUUCCCGGAGAAUCAGCACUCGUUCACCGCCACCGAACAACGUUACAAGAAGAAGUACGUGCUGAACGACAAGAACAUCGUGGACACCUACACCGUGAAGAACUACUAUCCGAAUCAGCACUUCUACGGUCUGAAACGGCCGAACGAGCCGCCCUUCUGGGUGAAGAUCUCGGAGAAUCUGAAGAAUCAGUUCUCCACGGGGGUCGAGAGGGUCUCGCAGUUCACCAGGCCGGUGAUCGAUCCGCUGGUGGAGGCCACGCACAAGAUCUCGCAGAAUCUCGGUCUGUCCAGGGGCAAGGAGGCACAGGACAAGAUCGGCACGGUGGCAUCGGGCACAAGCAUUCUGAUACCGGCUCUGGGUCUGGUCGCGUCCGGCGCCGCUCUCGGCAUUGGCGCCGUUGCGGUCGGUCGGUAUCUCGACGUCGACGUUCUGAAGCGAUCGAACGUCGACGAUCUCGAUCUCGAGCACAAGCGAGCCCUGGAAGAGUCCGGGUCGUACUUGAAGACGAUCCAAGAGAACUCCGAGGGAACUCCGAACGGAGCGACUCUGCAGACGCUUUACGUUCUGCAAAAUGUUCCUCGGGAAGUUAAACCGGCGGAGAACGAGAGCGCCGACUCGACGGACAGCGACGGAGUAUUCCUGGUGCUCGAAGAGGACAAACAAAACAACGAGAGAACCGAGAACAGAGAGAGCAAGCAAGUGGUGGACGAGGGCGAGUACGUGGAAACCGGCGGGCGUAGACGCAAACGGAGUCUCGAUUAUCUGGACAUUUUCAAGACGGACACCGAGGUGAGAAACCUGGUGCGUAACAAACGGUUUCAGAGGAAGGGAGCGGAUUCCAUCAGCGAGAUCGUGGAGAUCGAUCUGCCCGCCGGUUCGAGUCGCAUCGACAUCACCGAAUUUCUGAUCCCGAAGAGCAAGAAGAAACAUUCGAACAAAGACACGAUUUUGGUCAUCGAAGACGGCAGCUCGAGAAUUCCGCCUGGACGGAAUUUUUUCGGAGCGGAUCGCACGUCGUUGGAUCGGAACGCGUUGGAGAACGAAGGCGCGAAGAUCGUCGAGGACAUCGACAACUCGCAGAACUUAGCGUCAACGCGUGAAAACAACGAACAACGGAGCGAUCUUGAGAGGGAAACGGUAAAGGACGAAGAGAACGACGCGAAUUUUCAGAAGGAAGACAACGGGAGGCGUAAACGAAACGUCGAGAGCGAUCGGGACGCGCUGCAAGAUCUGGAUAACGUCGAAGUGGCCGAACUCGCUCAUAUCGAAGGCGACUGGACCAACACACCUUGCGCGAAGAAAAUAUUUUGCGACGCGAUGAUCCAGAGAGGACCCGACUCUGCGAUGAUAAUGGAGAAGAAGAUGGCGGCUUUGUUGAGAGUAAUCCAGCCCGGAGCGGUCGGUCACGUGUCCAGUCACUUCGAGGAGGUCAUGAACGCUGUGCGGCGACACGACUGUUCCAGCUUCCUGUGCCCGCAGGCGAGGCCCACCAACGUUUUCUUUUAGAAACAAAAAAAACAAAAAAAAAAAAAACUUUCUCGUCGCAGUUUUCUCGAAUCGUGUGCGAGAACGGAAAAAUCUGUGUUUCGAGAGACCUAACCGCCGGUAUCGAAAAUGCGUAAAAUACCCGAGACAAUUAUCACCCGCGGUAAUCGAACAUUUAUUAAACAAAUAACUCAAUGAAAAAAUUUGCCAAGCCUGUUGAAGGUUUUGUUUCCCCAACAAAAUGUUGCUUGCUGAUAAAACAAACAAUUCUGUAGAUUCGGCAAAUGUUUUCUGCUGCCCAUAUACAAACUAUAACGGCAGAACUUUGUUUCUGUGUGCGCAAAGUUGGGAAAAUUAUUGUUUAAAAAAAAAACACAUCUUAAAAAAUAAUUGAAACGUUGAGAAUUGCUUGGUUUAAUAUUUACGUGACUAAUUUCAUUAAUAAAUGUCCGAUGAUCGGAGACAGUUUAACUUCAUUGUAUCGUAUAACGCGUUAUAGAUUUUUUUUUUUAAAUAGCACCGGCAGUGAAUUUUGAAACACGGUCUGUGAAAACCAACGUCGUUUGCGCGAACUCUCUUUGGCUGCCGGCGGAAAGAAAGUUCGCGACUCGGUCGGAAAAUUUGCGUUCGGACGUUGCGAUUCGCGAAUGUGAAAAUGUGUUUACUUGUCGGGGAAAGCGCAUUGCAAUUUGAUUGCCGCGUUAAGUUAACAACGCCGGCCAAGUCGCCAUCGAGUCAAACAUAUACACGUAUUGUACAUACUUGCCAUCGAGGCGAUUUUAUUUAAUAUUCACUCAUACGUAUAAUUUUUAGACGAUUAUAUAGGCAUAUAUAUAUAUAUAUAGAUUAUAAUAAUUAAGAGAGAAACGCGGGCGAGCUCGUUAAGAGCGUCCGUCUCGCGUUUCCCCCCGUAUUUAAAUUUACCUACACCCACACCGCAUGUUCUCACGCGAUAUUUCUUCUUGAUGGUCGCGCGCUUUUUGUGCGCGAAAUCGAUCUAUCGCUUCGAUUUGCAUAUAUCAUCAUAUAAAUUCUUCCCCGCUUUCCGAAAUAUCAAAUUUCGCGCUUGCAUUACCGAGAUAUAAGUAAUUGUAUUUCGACGUCGGGGGGGGGAGGGGGGAGGGGAGGGAACAAAAAAUCGCGAGAGCGAUCGAACCUUUUUGCGCGAUUGCUAAUCCGAAAAAAAAAAACGCCAAAACGCGUUUUUUGCGAACACAUUACGUAUUAUUUAUUUUCUCGCUCUUUUGUACACGUACCGGUAUCGUGGCUGUAAGUUUAUCGAAUAAAAAUAAAUGAUGGUCUUUUUUUUGUA